UUGCUCUUCAUCAAAUCAUUAACAAUUAGCCCAAAAACAAUGAGCUCCCCACGUAUCUCAUCUCUUCAUUAAUUUCCCAUUUUCACAAAAAUAGAAAAUAGAAAAAACAAUACAGACCAAGAAAAAAAAAACCCCAAAUUCCUUAAAUCCCUAAAUUCUCACCUGAAGAAUUCACACAACAGAAAACCCGUUUGAUUUUUCAUCAAAAAAAUUUCAGCUACCUUUCUUCAACCUCACACACGCAUUUGAGUACGGCAAAGAAGAGCGUUGCAGAGCCCAAACGACGUGGUUCUGAGAUGCUGGAUUUCAUAUGACUUCAGCUGCACGUGAAGGAAUCAAGGCCACCGGCGAUGCCCUUAACCGUUCUGAGGCUCCGAAGCCCUAACCCUAAUUCCCCAAGAUGUCGUCUUCCCCUGAGAAACUCCCGGCUUUCAACUCGGGCAAGACGAAGAAGAAGGCUUGGAGCUGGCCGGAACCCGUUUCUAGCGGCGACCAUGGCCCGACCGAGUCGUUGAAGCAUGCCGUGCUGAAGAUGCGCCUCCAGCCCAUUUCCAAGUCCGGGUCGACCACCCCCCACUCGGAGUCUGAGCCCGAGUCCGACUCGUCAAGCUUCAACCCGCCCACCGCCGCCCCUGAUUACAUCUCCUUGCUCUCCGAUGAAUUGCUGCUGAGGGUCUUUGGUAAAAUCCCAGACACCAAGCAGCACGUUUCGAAUUGCUUAGUCUGCAGAAGGUGGUGUUUGCUCUGCGGGAAAUUGGUUCGAUCGGUCAGGUUGUUGGACUGGGAGUUUCUCGACUCGGGAAGGUUGACUUUCCGGUUCCCCAAUUUGUUCGACAUUGAUAUUGUGCCGGCCUGCAUCAAAUCCGAGAGGAAUUCAGGGGUUUUGCUGAGCACAAAAUUGUUGGGGGUUUACGUGAAUUCGUCUGUGUUGGAGUGCAAUGGCUUUUUCGUCCGAAAACGGGAUGUAUUGGAUUGUGCGGAUGUUGAUGGUGGGUUGAGGAUAUUGUCCAAAGGGGUUAGAAAUUUGAGACGGGCAGCCUUGAUUAAUUUUACAGAGGAAGGUCUGAGUUGUUUGGCCGAGGAGUGUGAGCUUUUGCAGGAGUUGGAAUUGCAUUGCUGUGGUGAUUUUGCUUUGAAGGGUAUUCAUAAGUGCCGCAAUCUGCAGGUAUUGAACUUGAUCGGGAGAUUAAACGGGGUUUAUGAUUCGACGAUUACGGAUAUUGGGUUGACAAUCUUGGCUCAAGAGUGUAGGCGGUUAGUGAAGCUCGAGUUGGUGGGUUGCGAGGGGAGUUAUGACGGGAUUAAAGCGAUUGGUGUGUGUUGCCCGAUGCUCGAGGAGCUGACACUUGGCGAUCAUAGAAUGGAGGGCGGGUGGUUGUCGGCCCUUUCUUUUUGUGGGAAUUUGAAAACUUUAAGAAUACAGUCGUGCAGAUUUUUUGACAAGAACCCGGGCCCAGACGAGCAUAUAGGGUUUAGCCCGAUGCUCGAGGAGUUGCAUUUGAGUCGGUGUCAAAUGCGGGACAAAGGGGGCAUUUGGGCUUUGUUUUUGGCGUGCCGGAUUAUUAGGGAGCUGAUUAUCGAGGACUGUUGGGGUCUGGAUAAUAAUAUAUUUUCUGCUGCAACUGUUUUUAGGGGCAUAAAGUCUCUUUCGCUUGAAAGAUGCUCGUUGCUAACAACAGAAGGAUUAGAAUUAGUGGUUCUUUCUUUGAAGGAUCUCCGUAGGCUUAAAGUCAUCUCGUGUAACAAUGCGGACUGCGGAGGAGCAGCGGCGGUGGAGCAGCGCGGAGAAGCAGCGGCGGUGGAGCAACGCAGAGAAGCAGCGGCGGAGGAUUUGGGGACGGCAGCGGAGGAAUUGGGGAAGGGAGAGGGUGUCCCCUUUUUUGAAGAUGUUGAGGAAAUUAGGAAAUUAAACGCGCCGCUCAUUUUCAGGUCAAUCUCCGGUGGUGGACUUAUGACGAUGCGCCUUUUUGCUACUCAAUCACAAUAUGCUGAUCGGCUUGCGGAUGCUAUUGAGGCAGAAACCCAAUGCACAAGACAGACGCGAUUAUUGAUUGAUCAGAUCAGCAUGCAACAAGGGCGGAUUCUUUCUCUUGAAGAAGAAAUGAAACGUCAGGAACAAGAAUGUAGACAGUUAAGAGUACUUGUUCAGGAUCUUCAAGCGUGGUAUGGUGUUGGAGACAAUAGGAACACUUUCAACAAGGCUCGUAUACAGACAAAUAUAGCUAAUAUAAGAGUUCUAGUUAUGACACCCACCGUUUCCCUCCAAACAGAAUGUCAAUUGAGCAAAGUUAUCUUUAAAGCUUCUCGAGGGAAAGGUCUCGCGAAAUUGAUGGGUGAUGUACAAGUUGAGUGGGAAGAAAGAUCAAGUUAUCUAGUUCCUGUAGCUGCAGUUGUAGUGAUGGCCUGUAACCGUGCUGAUUACCUUGACAAGACUAUCAAGUCUAUUCUAAAAUAUCAGAGUCCGGUUGCAUCAAGAUAUCCUCUUUUCGUAUCACAGGAUGGAUCAGAUCCUCAUGUUAAAAGUAAGGCGCUGAGCUAUGAUCAGCUAACGUACAUGCAGAUUAGAUUCUCUGUUUCCUUGAUGAACUAUGAGAGUUCUGAUACAUUGGUAGUAUUUAAUCAGCAUCUGGAUUAUGAACCUGUACAUACAGACAGGCCUGGGGAACUGAUCGCAUACUACAAGAUUGCACGACAUUAUAAAUGGGCACUUGACCAAUUGUUCUACAAGCAUAAUUUCAGUCGAGUUAUCAUCCUUGAAGAUGAUAUGGAAAUUGCUCCCGAUUUCUUUGACUAUUUUGAGGCUGGAGCUAAACUCCUCGAUCGUGAUAAAUCCAUUAUGGCGAUAUCGUCAUGGAAUGAUAAUGGGCAGAGGCAGUUCGUUCAUGAUCCUUUAAAAACUGAAAAGAACCCAUUUAGAGUUCCUUUCAGUACAAAUGUUCAAAUCCUUGAGGGUUCGAGUAUGGGGCAAUUCUUCAAACAAUACCUUGAACCUAUCAGACUGAAUGAUGUUCAGGUUGAUUGGAAGUCGAUGGAUCUGAGCUACCUAGAGGAGGACAAGUAUGCUGAGCACUUUGCUGGAUUGCUUAAGAACUCUACCCCAGUGCAUGGGACCGAUGCUGUUCUGAAGACAAAAAACAUAAAAGGUGAUAUUCGUAUUUUGUACCGAGACCAGUCGGACUUUGAGCGCAUUGCGAGUCAGUUUGGUAUUUUUGAAGAGUGGAAGGAUGGUGUCCCAAGAACAGCAUAUAAAGGAGUAGUAGUUUUCCGGUAUCAGACACAAAAGCGUGUUUUCCUUGUUGGUCUAGAUUCGCUCCAGCAACUUGGGAUUAGAUAAGGCAAGAGAAAUUCAUUCCAUAAUCAUAUCGAAAUUCUGUCUGGAUGGGGCAAUAUAGAGCUGUGGUGUUGCCAAUGUGCUAUAAGCAAGUCCCUCAUUGUGAAAGGCCCCUCUCAUCCACCAUCUAACCAAUAUAGAUUAUGACCACAGGUUCCAGUUUUUUUUAGCUUCACAACAUAUGAUAUAUCUUGUGAUUUGGUACUUCUAUAUAUUUACAAAUGAACUGAGCUCGGAUUUCAACAUUUUACUGCUGAUGCUUCAGCAACCCCAUAAUUCUCUUUAUAAGUUUUUAUUCUCU